GAUUUUUUGAUUUCUUCUGUUAUCUCUCUUUGAUAUUUUUCUUUCUUCUUCAUUCUCAUCUCUCUCUCUCUCUCUCCACAAAGAUAAGCCAAUGGUUGGUGAUUACAGAGUACGCUUUAGUAAUAGCCGUCGUUGCUCCGUCGUCUCUCACGAUUCCUCCGACGACGAUUCUUCUUCCGUGGAGGGAGAGACCACUUCUUCCAUGUACUCUGCGGGGAAAGAGUAUAUGGAAACAGAGUGGACGAAUGAGAAGCAUAGUUUAUAUCUUAAAUCGAUGGAAACUUCGUUCGUAGAUCAGUUAUAUAGUUCCCUUGGUGCUCUAGGGAAGAAGGAGAAUGUAUCCGGUACAAAACCGUCUCAAGAACAGUUCAAGGUUCUUCAUGAUGGUUUCUGGCAGAAGAUUAAUGUGAAACAACCUGAGCAUCGGAUUAAUGGUAGACAAGGUGGUGGUUCUCAUGAGUUUCUUAGGAGUCCAUGGAUCAAACAUUAUAAGCCUUUAGUAAAGACGCAAGUUUCGGGUUCUGAGAUGGAGAAUCAAGUGGUUAGUAAUGGGAAGAAGGGAAUGGUUGUAUGCAGCUCUAGUUCAGCAUCUAGUCUUAAACAGAUUUGCUCUCAUUCGCGUGAUCACGACCAAAUCAGUGUUGGAGAAGCAGAGGUAUCUGAUCAGAACUUUGUAAACGAAGGAGCGAAAGGCGAAAAUGGGAGCUCGAAGAAGAUGAAGACAGUGACGAGUACCGAUCAGGUUGUUCCACUCAAUAAACUUCUGGAACAUGACAUAAAUUUGAAGUCUGUUUCUUGAGAAGUCAGAUGGUGAAGCUUUUUUAUGAGUAGAUUUUUGUAAUGUAUAUACUUGCAUAACUUAUAUAAGUCAAAUUUACUACUAUCCUUAGUUACAAAGUGUCUUUCAUCAUUAUAUCCCUAACUAUAAAUAUAUAUUUGCUCAUGUGAGUGGAUUCAUUUGUAUUGUAAAACAUUAGAACGACCUCAAAUUAGUUUUUGAUGGUUUAGUGGUUGUUACCUC